AUGGAUGGUGAUGGAGACAAGAUGUCAGAGAGAAUAUUAAAUUUCACCUUAGAGAUACUCUUCUGGAUCACCGGAGAGGAUUACACAGUGGUGAAGAAGACCUCUAGUGAGCGCUGUCAGGCUCCUGUGUCUGAAGGAUGGGGAAGAACCUUGAGCCCAAUCACAGGGCCUCCACCUCACCUCCUGAUACAUGAGGAAAUCAAUGAACAGAAGAUCCUAGAUCUCAUCCACAAGAUGAUUGAGCUGCUGACUGGAGAGGUUCCUAUAAGGUGUCAGGAUGUCACUGUCUAUUUCUCCAUGGAGGAGUGGGAGUAUGUAGAAGGACACAAGGAUCUGUACGAGGAUGUCAUGAUGGAGGACCACCAGACCCUCACAUCACCAGGAAGAUCCAGUAAGAGAAGAACACCAGAGAGAUGUCCCAGUCCUCUUCUUCCACAGGAUCAGAAGGUAGAUGGAGAUAUUCCCUAUGAUCUGUAG